GCCACAAUGAUUUUGGCGAGUUGCGCAGUGUGGACAGCACAUACGGAGUACCUCGUUUUGAGUGAUCUUGCGCGCGUGGCCCUGCCAUUCAUUUUGAAUCUGGAACAACUUGCAUCAGGCUACUUUCGACCGUAAAACUCGAUUGUAUCCGUUCCAGGCACCGUGAGUCCGGCCUGCAGACAUCCGUUUACAAGGACGCAGCCGCAUUCACCCCGCGAAAGUAGUACUCUGCUUCGUUAUUCUUGAAGCGUUGUCAUUUCCUUCUCGCCUGAUCAUAACAUAUCAGAAUGGCAGACUCGACAGCAACAGGCGCUAGGCCUGCAGAUGAGCCGGGCCAGCCGCCCAAGUUGACAACGAGCGCCCUUGCAGACCAAGCCCCUGCGCAGAGCAUGGCACAGCGGAUUACGCCUUUUGAGGUAUCUGGAGGUGUGGACGAGAGCGGAAAACUACUCCCGGUCGACUACGAGAAGCUCACGCGAGAGUUCGGUGCCACACCUAUCAACACUGAGCUGCUCGAACGAUUCGAAAGAGUUACGGGAAAAAGAGCGCACAGAUUCAUGCGGAGAGGCAUUGUCUUUUCGCAUCGAGAUCUGGGAAAGAUUCUGGACAGAUAUGAAAAAGGCGAGCCCUUCUACCUCUACACUGGCCGUGGGCCUAGUAGCGAUAGCAUGCACGUCGGACAUUCAGUGCCUUUCGAGUUCACAAAAUUCCUCCAAGACACAUUCGACUGUCCUCUCGUCAUCCAGCUGACCGAUGAUGAGAAGUUCAUGCACUCCAAAAAGUUGAAACUUGAAGAUGUCAAGAAGUUCGCCUUGGACAAUGCGAAAGACAUUAUCGCCAUUGGGUUUGAUCCAUCGAAGACAUUUAUUUUCAACGAUACAGGCGGUAUCAUGGGCACCCCUUUUUUCGACAACGUUAUUUCGAUGGCCAAACGGAUCACCGCAAACCAAAUCUACGGCACAUUCGGCUUCAACAGCGGCAACAAUGUUGGCGAGAUCUUCUUCUGCGCAGUGCAAUCCGCGCCCGCCUUUGCGACAUCAUUCCCCCAUAUCUUUGGUGACAAUCCAGCAAAGGUCCGAAGCAUACCAUGUCUCAUUCCAUGUGCCAUAGACCAAGACCCCUACUUCCGACAAUGCCGCGAGAAUGCAGAGCAGAUGAAGUGCAAGAAACCGUCACUUAUACACUCGAUUUUCCUUCCUGCACUGCAAGGGCCAGGUUCGAAGAUGUCGGCUAGUAUUGAUUCCUCGGCCAUUUUUUUGACCGACACGCCCAAUCAAAUCAAAAAUAAGAUCAAUCGUUUUGCCUUCUCAGGAGGUCAAGAUACUGCCGAAAAGCAACGUGAACUGGGCGGAAAUACAAAAGUCGAUGUUCCGUUCCAAUAUAUGACGUUCUUUAUGGAGGAUGAUGAGGAGCUUGCCCGCAUUAAGAAAGCCUACGAAUCAGGAGAAAUGUUGACUGGAGAGAUCAAGCAGAUUUGUAUCAAGUAUCUGCAAGAUUAUGUGGCAAGACUUCUUCGCUUUCAAGCAGCUUACGUAUCAGGGCAAUCCAAACCCUGUCAAGAAGGAUUCUGUCGAAGAAAAGAAGGAAGGCGGAAAGACGAAAGUGGGUCCAGGACACGCAAAGAAGAUGAGCAUUGGACGUACGAAGCCUGAAAACUAGAAAUAAAUUCUCCCAAGAAAGAAGCCUCUGAGCGCGUUGCUCAACCAAACAAUUUCCCCCUGCUUGACACCCUCAAGCUUGACGAUGCC